GUAAUCACCUGCAGAGUACUAUAUGAUCAAAACAAUGUUUAAGGGGCGGAUCAUUAUACUAAGUGUUUUAUUAUAUACAUACAACGACACACUAUUACAGAAAAUAAUAUGUUCAUAUAAGUUUUGAAUGUCCUUAAAAUUGAAUGUUGAUACUAUCCAUAUGUAUUUUGAUUAAUUCUUUCGUGGUUCCCAGUUUACGUUGGUUGCGCCUGUGGACGGCAAAACGCAUUGCAUCGAAUUCUGCUAUGUAAAAUUUUUGUUACAUGAAAAUGAACAACGGGUAAAAAGUAUAGUGUUAAAAGCUGCUCAUAUCAGAAGAAUAUGAAUGAGGACCAUAUCAUUUAACUUGGAAGUGCUUGCACUUGUUGUGUUAUCACUGAUACCGUGGCCAGGUCCAACAAUUUUCAAGAUAUCCUGUCCAAGAGAUCACACAUCUGUUGUCAGGAAGCUGGUACAAAAGAAAUGGAUUCCUGUGUUGGAGAAGUACCAGGUACAGAUUCCUCUGGAAUGUCCUUUUCAUCCCAUUCGCGAUAUAUAUUGGCCACAACAGUCUGCCAAGCAGCAGCAUCGACCGUCACAGUGGACGUGUGGUAUCUGUGGAAAGUCUUUCUAUGAGGAGAGAUUCCUGGACAUGCACUUUGACAACAGGCACAAGAACCAAAUAAACAUGGCUGAGGAUGCUGUUUGCUUAGCUGAUUAUUGUGAUAUCAUGAGGUGUGAGGUGUUGAUGACUCAAGAAAUGGGGAGUCCAAUCAUGGGAGACCCAACUCACAUCAAUACAGAUAUAGAAAUCUGGAGUGAAGCAACAGCAUAUCGAACAGCACUAUCACCAUCAGGGCCAAGAGAUCUGGCACGUGUCCUAUUACGAGGAGGACUGUUCCCUCCUGACAGACAAUCUCAACCACCCCCGGCUCAACCUCAACACCACCACUGCCCAAGGGCAGCUACUCCUGACAAGCCAACUGUGUCCAAUCAGCCCACACAACAACCUGGUGAUGACAACAAUGCAACAGCAGAUAUGUGUGACAAUAACAAUCUAGUAGAUUCAGCUCUGCCUCCAGCUGAUAAUAAGCAGCAACGUCUCAGUGAAUUACAAAAGCUCAAGGCUAACUGCAAGCCUGAAGACCUUCAGAAACUUAAACUGCGAUGUGAGAUUCUAGUUCGAGACUGCAUAGCUGGUUUGUUGGUUAACCUAUCAGUUCAGGAUUUUAAGGAGGUUGAAGAGGACCUGAACCGAGCAGUUUGUUGGUACCUAACAUGUGAUCGGUACUGGGAAGACACACCAGGGGAAACCAGACACUUUCCUUGGGGUCUGGUUUUUGUUCUUGUCAUGGUGCUGUCUCUUGGCAUAUGUUUAUGCUACUAUAUCAUCUGGGUGCUUUUUGACUCAGAUGAUAUGAGUGUUGCUAGUACAAGUACUACUGCCACUGCCACAUCAUCUCCAGUUCACCAUGUAAACUCCACCAACAGUGGCCCCUGUUAUUCUGAAGAAUUUUACACAGUGCCAGAUCUCAAUGACAUGGGGCAGAAUGAGCAUUAUAUUUAUGUGACAUAUCCACCAGAGCUUAAAAGAAGACUGCUGGAAAGGAGCCUGUUAUUGAACACCCUGAAUCUGUGUUCCUCCAUUAAUGUAUGAGACCAAGUUUCACGUCCACAUAACAGCAGGAAUCAUCUGUUACAAAACUGUUGCUCCAAAACUGCCAACAAGUCAUUCUAUCUUCAAGUUUGGAAAGAUUAUGGCAGAAUAUUCAUUAAAGAAUAAAAUUCUUGGCUGGAGAAGUGGAUUUUAUACCUCAUGACAAUGCACCUUCCUGCACAAUACUAUUAGUUAAGCAAACUGGAUCAUUCACUAUACUUACUGGACUUGGUCCAAUGUGACUUUUCAUGUUCCUGACAUUAAAAAUCUCCUGAGAGAGUCUCAUUUUGACUCACAUUCAGAGCAAUGUGAAGAAAAUACUGAAUGGACUUUUGGAAGAAGCAAUUCCCAGUAUGAUAGAUACAUUGAAAGUUAUGUGUGUUCAGAAGGCAAGUACCUUGGGGUGGCCAUACUCACUAAAAGGUCAGUAAAAUUAUUUUUUUUAUUUCACAGAAUCUGGUUAUUUAAUUGUCAAACCAAAUACUGUAGAUAUAAAAUUUAUAUAUGUAACUCAUUAGCAAUAAAGAUAACAAAUGUGUUAGCAGCAGGAUUUGAUUUUGACAGCAAAGUAAGAAUGUUAGUAUGUAGUGACUGAAUUGAAGAAAUGUCUGUGAAUUUAGUAUUGAAAGCUCUCCUUGAAUCUUGGCUAGAAUAGACUGACGUAGUUUAAAGCAUGAUAUACAUUUGAACUGCAUUCUUUUAAUGUACCUUCAUAGUAUAAUUACAUUACUGGGAUAAAUGUGUGUCCUAAUUUUUAACAAGAGUAAUAUUUUAGGAAAUGACAGUUUCUUUCAAUGCACAUUGUAUUACAAAAGAUGUAGUUUACUAGAAUGUACAUGUUUCUGAUUAGGUCAAAUUCUUUCUCUGAGAACAAAAUACUUCAUUGCCACUCUAAACCAAGUUGAGUAAAUGCUUGUCUUAGUUUCAUCAAGAUAGUAAAACAAUUUUUGUUCGUUCAUAAAUCCUAACUGGUACAUUUACCAAAAUUUGUGACAGAGAUUUUCUGUAACAAUAUUCAUAGCCAAAGUUAAUUUCCGUAGAUAUGCUAAAGUUGUAAUAAUUUUACAGUAUUAUCAUUCCAAUAUAACUGACACAGGAUGAAGCAGCAUUACUAGACAUUAUGAUAUAUCCGAUUGUCCAGUUCCCUUUACCUGGAUUUCCCUUCUUCAGCAAUGAUAAAUAGCUUACAUUUUGUGCAUUCAGGCUGAAGACAUAGAAUAUAUGGAAAUAUACUGAAUGAAUACAAACAAGAGGUCUUUUUCCAGCUUGGGACUAACACAUUUUUACCACAUAAAAGUGUUAUAACACUUUUACAAAAGUCUUGGCUUUCUUCUUGACAAUAGUGUAUAUGGGUUGAAGCAAUUACUGCUAUAUGUCAAAUAACACUGCAUGGUUUGGGGAAAUAUCUUCCAAUAAAGGAAUACCAGCUGAGUUAAUUUUUAGGAAUGUUUACAACAAACUUUCAAAAAUGUGCCUAUUAGCUUAGUCAUGUCUCUAUGUCUGUCUGCAUAUUCCACCUUCAGAAUUUUCAUGAAAUUUUAUAAUGGAAAGUUUUACUAAAAUUCAGUUAAAAUUGGACAAAAAUAAUGGGCAAUUUGCAGCAAUAUGUAUGCACAUUUCUACCUGUGCAAAUCAGCAUAAAGGAACCCUGCCCAUGGAAUAAUGUAGGGGAACCUUGUGAUAAUAUCAUCAAAUGAGACAAGUGCCAGAUACUCCACUCACACAAACAAUAUGUAUGCCAGACAACUCUAAUGCUACUGGCAUCAUUUGCCAUAAGACUUUAAUAAGAAUGUUUUCGUCACACAUACAAUGUAAAUUUCAUAUGUUAAAGGUUAAAAUGCCAACUGGGUAGAAAUGAGAUUCAAACUGAAAGAAACUUAAAAUAUCAUGUCAUAUGCCAUGUUUUUGUAUCUGUAUGAAAAGAAAAUUAGUAACAGACAUAAAAUGUCUGGGCACAUAUGAAGUUAUCAGAAGAGUAUGAAAAUUAGGAAGUAGCAGAUUCAGGUUUAGAAAGAACAUUAAAAUAUUAAAAAUUUUCAUUAUCCUCAUUCUUAGAGGUCUCUGAUCCCACUUGAGACAUCCCUGAAGUACAAAUACAUCACACACAAUCCUGGUAAAUUCACAGUAUAACCAUGCUAAUUAUAGUGCAAAGCUUAGUAUUACUGUAUUCUUCUUCUUUCCACUUCUAAACAAUUCACUGUGUGAACCAUGUUAGAAGUUUUACAUUUAAAAAUUAAUGAUGUCAAACUUCCAUGUGUAACAUAAAAAUUUGUAUACAAGUAAAUUUAUUAAAAUUCAAUUUUUAGGUGCUUUCACAACAAAUUUGCAAUAAUAGGCCUAUUAGAUUUGCCAUGUGUCUGUCGACAUCUAACAAUAUGAGAAAUGGUCAAUGGAUUUUUAUUAGAUUUUAUAUCUGGGGGUUUAACUAGAAUUUGUUGAAAAAUUCCAUUUUUAGUUAAAAUCUAACAAUAAUAAUGAACCCUUUACACAAAAGGCUACUUGCAUUUCUGCAUGCAGAAGUUGCCUUUAAAUCAUAUAGGGGAUUCUCAAGCCAACAUAACAGAAUUAUUUAUAAGAGAGGAUUCAGAAAUGGAAACUCCAUAGGCAAUAAUAAUGUAAGCUUACCAGAACUGUAUACUACAUACACUUCCUGUUUGUUUGUUUUUUGUUUUUUUUUUGUACAUGACUUGUGGUCUGAAUUGAUUAUUAUGCAAAAUGCAACCAAGGAAAGAUUUACAUUCAAAAUAAGCAGUCAAGAUUUGUUACUGUUACAAUAUUAACAGAUGUUUAUGCAGAUUCCAACUUGUCUGAAAGAUUAGACAAAAACCGAGUAUAUUACUAGGUACAUCAUGGCUGUCUCAGCUACUCAAAAAAAAAUUAUGAAAUUUUACUCCUUUACCUCCAACUUAACCAGUAUUUAUUUCCUUUCCACUUUAUCACUUUGGCAUUAUAUUUAAAUGGUGUGAUUAGUAAAGUAAUCUGCAUCUUGUUUUCUCAGGGAUAUAGAAUGCAACAAUUAGAAGUGUCAGUUCUUAGCAUAGCUUUCUAGAACUUGCAUUCAGAUGUACAGUGUUUGUUUUCCCCCAGCAUCUGAUUAGUUGUAAGCUGCUGAGAUUGACUCCUGAAUGUUUCAUUUCCCUAGCUGCUACAACCGAACCACACGGCUGUGACAGACGUGUGCAACGAGUCUGAGGAAGUGAUAGGCAAGAAGGUGAUACAAGUUUCUUCUCACUUUUUCUAAUGUUCAUCACUGCUUAAAGGUUUUAUAUCUCACUUCUACUUGAAACCUUUCUUUUAUACUAGACAUUGGCAACUGUGCAUGAUAAUCUUCACAGUACAUUUAGUCACUCUUAAAUGCAUACAUACAUACACACAUAUACACGUGCAGCACACCACUUGCUACUUUCUUCAUUGUAGUUCUUCUAUAAGGAUUAGUAACAUUGUUAUAUAAAGGACAACUGGAGUUCAAGUCCCGGUACAGUAGAGGAAUUGUCUUUUUCCAAUAAUGUUGUCUAGACUGGUUUUGGGGCUCACUCACCCAGCCUUGUAUCCUGUGGGGAAAAGAGUUAUUUCCUUACAGUUAAAGCAGGUUAACCACUCACCUCCAUCUAAUGCUGAAGUUAAGAAUGCAUGAAGCUUAUACUGCCACUUCCAGACAUGUCUGCAUGGCAUGGUGCUUAAUUAAGCAAUAUCCGUAAAAAUGGUACCAAAGAUUAAUUUUUCUCACUUAAAAAAUUUUCAAGGGAAUAUGAUAUCAAUCAUGGAAACAUACCUGUAGGGGUCCUUCAUGGUCUAGCAUGAGAAAAGAACACUAUACAGAUUCAUCCAUGUCUGUCCUUCAUAUUUCCUUUCAAACAAGGCAACCUGCAUGACCUGGGGCCAUUGUUGAAAUAAAAUGUUGCAACAAGACACUGUUUGAAUACCUUGUUGCAACAAUGCAAGAAGAGGGCACACUGUUACAAUGGGAACCAAGGUCAUGCAUGUUGCCUAAUUCCCAGGAGAUUGUGACAGGCUCACCAAUAAUGACCUCCGAUCACAUUAUUGCAAAAAUGACUGUAAAUGCCACUGUUAUUCCUUUAGAGUAAGAAUGAUCUAAUUUCAGUUUCUUUGAGCAAUGGUUAUCAGUGAAGCAACCUGUUGGUGUCACUGCCCAUGUUAUGGUGCAAAAAACAUAUGAAAUUUCAGUAUACUCCAGAAAGUACACCUUUCCAAUCUUGCUUUUUCUAUACUUACAAAUACUUCAAACUGAGCUGAUCUAAACCAAAAUAAUUACUUGUUCCACCUUAAAAAAAUUCUGUUCAAGCAAUCAAGCAGUGCUACUGUUCAGAAUUUACUGCCACAGUUCUAAUCUUACAAGAAUAUUUAUUGUAUUUAAACCUGGAACUGCACAUGUAUCUAAUUAGUUGAUUCCUUGUGAAUUAAAACAGAUGUAAAAUGUGAAAGAACCACAUUAUCAUCAGUAGUAGCUCACCAAUUAGGCUACUUGGGGCACUGCCACAUUUAAAAUAUUAACUCAAAUAUCACUGUCAUGUAGGCAAGCAAAUAUAAUUUACAGAUAACAGAAUAUGUUUCUAGUUCAAAACAUAUGUUAUCCCAAAAUGUAGAAAAAAAGUUGCUUUCAGUUGCAGCCUUGACAUUAUGCUAUCCUGUCAAUGAAGAAGUGUUUGGGUUGAGGAAGUAGGUUGCUGGUGCAGGGGGGUGGUAGGCAAAGAAAAGAUAACAAGAGAGAAUGCUUGCAAGGCAGAACACACUUUAUGGGACCCUGCCUUUGUUAACAGAAAAGUGAUUAAGCCACACUAAUUAAAUAACAUUGAACCAUUCAGGUAAAUAUUCGUUUAACAUUUUUACAUCAAUUUGGAGGCAGUGUUUCGCUACUCAGACCCAUAUUAAUAUUCAUAAAUAGGCUGUCAUAAUUUUACAAAACAAGAAGUUUAAGCAUCUAUGUUUUGUUAAAAUGACUUCAAAAUUUGACUUGAAGUUUUUGCAGUGACUAAAUGCGAUGACAUAUUCUCACGCAACUAGCUGCAUCAAUACGGAUUUUUCCUCUGAGGAACUUGCAGCAAUCUUGUUUGCACUGUUGAUAAUCUCAUACCAUAUGCAAGCAUGUAGUGCAUUACUGAUGGCAUCAAAAUUAAUAUGGAUUGUUUUGACACCUACUGUUAAUGCAUAAAUGCUGACCCACAGUACUACUAACUGUGGCAUUAAAACUUUAUAAUUAUUUCUUUCUAUAUGAUACUCUUUUCUGUCCUUACUUGGGACAACAUUUACAAACUAAAUGUCUGCCAUGUUGCCCAAUACUUGUCCUUAAUAAAUGGUGGCAACAUAAACAAAGAAAAAGUUUGGGAAUUUAAGUGUACUUGUGAACUUUCAAAACAAUCACACAAAAGGAAAGUCAGUGAGAAUUUACGGUUAACAUUAAGUUUGAAGCCACCAUAAAUUUUAAUUAUUAUUCUUUAUGCACUCUCUAUAUAGGCAGUCUUCAAAGUAUGUUCACAGAUUGGGUCUGCUGUUUACUUUGAACAAGCAUGUGUGUGUGUGUGUGUGUGAAUGGAUAUGAACAUGCUAAUGAGGACUAAAAUACACCACAGAUAACUGAAAACUGCAAACUGAGUUGCUUUUCUGUGUCUUAUAUUUUUAGCAAGGACUGUACUUUAUCUCAUGGUAUACAUAUUUAAGAAAUUAGAAGCUUUUUAGAAACUUUUCAGUGUUGGAAGAACAUGUCAUCCCCUCCAAAAGAGAAAUAAAAUAAAUCUGGACUACUUACAGUUCUGGCAUAAAAACCCAUUUAUAAAUACUGAGGUUUUCUUAACUGUGUAAUACAGCUUCAAGAAUAUUACGGGUAUUUUGUGUGAAACACAGCUACAAAAAACUUUAAUAUGAAGCAGUGGUGAGACUAGAAUGUUCAAUACUGAAGUACAAAAAUAUUUAAGCCAAGUACAAGUUUAACAUCUACACAUACUUCCUGAUAAUUUACUUUCAAACAGAAAUUUUUGCUCUGUAAAUGUUAAAAACUGGACACACAGAUGUGAUGCCUCUAUAUUAUUUUGUUUGGAAAAGUGUUUUCUUUCUGUCAGCAGUCUCCAUAUUUAUAUGAAAGAAAAGGAAACAAAACUGCACAUUCUUACGUGUAACGUUCUUAAUAGCGUCCAAAGUAUCUUGUAAUGAUGACUUAUGAAGAUUGGUAAGAGCUUUAGCUAUUCAAUCAAAACAAUUUUAGAUGAAUUUAAUUUUAAGUAUUUGGUAUGUAUCAUUCUUAAAUCUUCACAGAAUAGGAUAUUCACAAAGUUCUACUGCAUGAAACAAAAGUCUCUUAAGAUUAAUAUUCAGCAGACAUGUCCUUAUUUGCUUCUUGUAGCAUGUUAAUACAUGAAUUUUCUGAAGUAGACUUACAUAGCAUAUUCUUAUUAAAUGACAGUAGUAUAUCUAGUAAGAUUGCAAAGCUAAAAGAUUGUAAUUAAGUGUGUGUGUUUAUAAAUUUUCUUCCUUUCAAGAUACUUUAACCUUAAAAUAUAUGAGAAUAGAAUGAGAGUUGCCAGCUGGACUUCAAUUAUAGGAAUAACAAUUUAGCAGUCUGCUACUGAAAUCCAUGGCAGGCUGGACCAUGCAUAAGAUGUGAAAUACACCUGACAGGUUAAUAAAGUCAAAAUGAAUACAAACACUAGUUGAGAUUUCAGGUUCUAGCAGUUACAAGUAUGAAGAUGGCUGUCUUCUGGGAUGCUGAGCUGUGUACUCUGGUCCCAGAAGACGGCCAUCUUCACAAUCAUUAGUGCUUGCUGUUUUAAAGUUCAAGCAAUAUGCAAGUGAGCAUCUGAUGUCUUGCACAAGCCAUGGACACUAACAGCAAUAACAAUUACUGUAGAAAUGUUUGUAAAGUGUAGUUGCAUGAAGAAAGAAAUACUUCAUUUGUAAUGAAAACAAAACAAUAUUAGACAAUACACAGCCUGUAUUAGAUUAAGCUACAGUUGUGUACCCAGUUAUGCCUGGAGUGAAAUGUAAGACAUACAAUGAAUAAGGAAAUCUCAUUAUAGUAUUAUAUGAAUAUACCAAGACAUUUGCUUACUGCAAAAUUAUAAAAUAUAUUAUAUUAAUCAGGUUCAUAUGUACACCCUAUUGCACUUCAUUAGAGAUUCAAAGCUCAUUCUCAUAGGUUGAACUGCAAAAUUACUUCAUUAGGAAUUGUGCAAUUUUAUGAAGUUACUAUUCUGAAAACCUUAUUCUGAAUAAUUUCUGAAAAUAAUGUUAUUAACCUUUAAUAAACAUAUUUGAAAAAAUAGAAUUUAAUAUACUAUAAUAAAUGAGUUACAAUGUGGGUAACUGGUCACUGCAGUUUCCUGCUCUUUAUGACAAAGAACAGUAGCAUCAUUUUAUCAACUGUAUCUGCCAACCCUUGGCUGUAUGUGUACAUGCCAAUUUACAUUUUAAAUUCAUAUGUCAAGAUGUUUCUGAGAUAUGAUACUAGAUAUUCUUAUUCACUUAAAAUCAUUACAAGUCUUAAUUAACUAAAUGACAAAUUUCUAUGUUCCUGGAAUGCAAUAAAGAGUGAGUAAAAGUAUUUCUAGAAGUGGUAAAUUGUUCUGUAAAUUCUGUUCAUAACCAGCAGAUGUGUGAACCUCCAGUAAUAUUUAGAUACCCAUGAAAUUUCAGAGUUUGAAUAAAAAUUAUUUUAAUGAUUUCA